UGAUGUUAUAGAGUUGGGUUUCUGGGUUUUUGUAUUGCAGGCAUUUGGUUAUGGCUUUGGUAAUUACUUAUGAUUGAUUGAUUCUUCUUUCCCCUUGUUUUUACAAGGUUUUCUCAAACCUUUAAAAUAACAAAAAAGUAAAAUAAAAAAAGGAAUCCAAAAGUUUCUCCCCCGGGUAAUGGCUGCAUUGUCUCAGCCAAAUACACCGCCAGUUUGGUGCAGUGGUCGAGACAGAGCAGUCGUUGCAUGAGAAGAAGCCCAAUAGAACAGAGUCAUUGAAGCAAAGAGCAAUUAAUGCAUCCAACAAGUUGAGAAACUCAUUGAUAAAAAGAGGAGGAAAAAGGAGUAGCAAAAUAAUGUCGAUCGAGAUUGAGGAUGAGCAUGAUGCCGAGGAGUUGAAGGCAGUUGAUGCUUUUCGGCAGGCUCUUAUCUUGGACGAGCUUUUGCCUUCCAAGCAUGAUGAUUACCACAUGAUGCUUAGGUUCUUGAAGGCCAGGAAAUUUGACAUCGAGAAAACUAAGCAAAUGUGGUCAGAUAUGCUCCAAUGGAGGAAGGAAUUUGGAUCAGACACAAUCAUGGAGGAUUUUGAGUUCAAUGAAAUAAAUGAAGUCCUACAACAUUACCCACAAGGGCAUCAUGGAGUAGAUAUGGAAGGCAGGCCAGUAUACAUUGAGAGGCUGGGAUUGGUAGACGCAACCAAACUCAUGCAAGCAACCAAUAUGGAUAGAUAUGUGAAGUACCAUGUUCAAGAAUUUGAGAGGACUUUUGCCAUUAAGUUCCCUGCAUGUUCCAUUGCUGCUAAAAGACAAAUUGAUCAGAGUACUACCAUCUUGGAUGUUCAAGGAGUGGGUUUGAAGAACUUCAACAAGGCCGCAAGGGAGCUCAUUACCCGCCUUCAGAAGGUUGAUGGUGACAAUUACCCUGAGACCUUGAAUCGAAUGUUCAUCAUCAAUGCCGGUUCUGGAUUUAGAAUGUUGUGGAACACUGUUAAGUCCUUCCUUGAUCCUAAGACCACUGCUAAGAUCCAUGUUCUUGGGAACAAGUACCAAAGCAAGUUGCUUGAGAUCAUUGAUGCUAGCGAGUUGCCAGACUUCUUGGGAGGAACUUGCACAUGUGAAGACCAAGGUGGUUGUAUGCGCUCUGAUAAAGGUCCUUGGAAAGAUCCUGACAUCAUUAAGAUGAUUCAAAACGGGGAGCACAAAUGUAGAAAGACUAGUGAAAUUGCUGAUAAACCAGACGAGAAGACCAUCUCAGAAGACGAGAUAAUCUAUUCAAAGGCAAGUAACUCACCUAAGGUGGAGUCAGUUCCAGAAGUGGAUGACACUAUAGUAAUAGCAAGGGCCCAAAUCGAGCAUCCUCAGAUUGCUCCUAUACUUCACCAAGUUAGUCAGAAAAAGAUGUCAUUCAAAGGAUACAAUGCCAUAAUUGAGAAACCAACAAAUAUGAGGUGGAAGAAUGCAGUUCACAAUCAUAACUUUGCUUCCAUGGGUAAAGUUGCACUGGAUCCUCACAAGUUACCACCAGAGAGUUUCCCUAUCAUAGAUGCUCAAAGGUUACUUGCAGAGGGGGCUAGCUCACCAUUAAUUACUGGAGUGAUGGCAUUCGUGACUGGGAUCGUGACGAUGAUCAAGGUGACUAGGAACAUGCCAAAGAAGUUGACAAACUCAACCAUCUACUCUAGUCCAGUUUAUUGUGAGGAACCAAUGCAGAGAAUGCAGCAGCCAAUAGUCACCCAGCCAGCAGUUCCUACUGUUGCGGUAUCAGAGUUCAUGGCUGUGGUGAAAAGGAUGAAUGAGAUGGAGGAGAAAGUGACUGUGUUGAGCAAUAGACCAAACUUGAUGCCACCUGAGAAAGAGGACUUGUUGAAUGGUGCUUUAACAAGAAUUGAUACCUUAGAGGAGGAGCUUGCUUCCACCAAGAAGGCUCUGGAUGAUUCACUUUCAGCACAACAAGAAGUUUUGGCUUAUCUUGAGAAAAAGAAAAAGAAGAAGAAGCUGUUCGGCUGGUGAGAACAUGAAUGAGCAGCUGAGGAAGCAAAUAAUUGAAAACAAUGGGGGAGAAGAUGUGAUCAUCAGUGUCCAAGGCCCAAAACCCAAAUGCAUCUCUUUUCUUUUCUUUUCCCAUACAACCCAAACUAAAGAAAAAAGCACACUGCCAUGUACAAAAAAGAAAAGCAGGAAAAUUAGUAAAGCAAAAGUUUUGUGUCCUUCGCGCAUACUCUUAUGCCAUUUAUCUUUGGGUAAAGGGAAAAGAAAGAAAUACUGAAAGCAAAGAGUAUAUCAGAAAAUAUUCAGUAAAUUUUUAUGUACUGUUAUAUAGAGAUGUUUAUAUUUUUUUUCUUUUUUCUUUUGAAUAUAUGUUUUCCUCUUUGUAAGAACUUUUUUCCAUGUAAAGCUCUAUUUUCUUGAGAGUGAGGCCGUCUAAGGAGGGAAAAAUGAUCAGAAAAUGAAGGCUAUAUGUAACAUAUAGGUAGGUAGUAAAUAUUUUUUGUGAAUAGAAAGUAUCCGCAGAGGAUCGAAAAGCAUUUAUAUGUAUAUGCUAGCUAGUUUUUUUAAUAUGUAACAUGCAGGUUUCUCUCAUUCUACAAAUUACCU